AUGGACAACCCCGCAGAGCCUGAUAUGCUCGUCGAUGAAUACGAGCAAUAUCAGAAUAACAAUGACCGGACGGACGUCGUCGUCGUUUCCCGCUCCGGCUCUGAAGAGCCAGAGCCAGAGCCAGAGCCUCUUGCAAAUGACCGUAAGGGCAUUCACUUCCCUUUUCACCAUCUCCGUCAUGCCUCUACACCCGUCUUCCCUGCGUACCGCGAACCCCGCAACGGAGCCGUCGGAACGGCAACACGCAUGCUAUUGGCGAUCUAUACGCUUGGAGCUGCUAUUGGAGAAUGA